CACUGCGAGUUGCGCAAAUAUCAGCUCGUUGGGUUUCAGUGGCUGAGCAAACUGCACUCCAACGGCGUCUGCGGCAUUCUAGCGGACGAGAUGGGACUCGGAAAGACGGUUCAGUCCAUUGCGCUGCUGACACACCUGGCGACGUGGCACGGCAUUUGGGGUCCGCACUUGAUCGUGGUGCCUUCCUCCGUGUUGUACAACUGGCAUAAGGAGCUGCUGAAGUUUGCGCCGAGUUUCCGCGUCGUGGUUUACGACGGCAAGCGCAACGAGCGCGAAAAGAAGCGGAAAGGCAUGUUCAGGAAACUCGCGGUGAACGUGGUGCUAGUGUCGUACAACGUCGCGGUGACUGACGUGGCGCACCUGCGGCGGCUGCAGUACUACUACCUCGUGCUGGACGAAGCGCACUUGAUUAAGAACUUCAACUGCGCGCGCUGGCGCUCGAUUCUCUCGUACAACUGCCAGCUGCGGCUGCUGCUCACCGGCACGCCGCUGCAGAAUAAUUUGCUGGAGCUGUGGGCGUUGAUGUACAUGGUGGUGCCGGGCUUGUUUGGAAAUCACCACGACUUUGGCGCGCUGUUCAACUCGCCACUGCUGCAAGCGAUCAGCACGCAGAGCGGGUCGGCGCACGUCGCGCAAAUCGUCGAGAUGCUGCACAAGGUGCUGCGCCCGUUUUUGCUGCGUAGACUCAAGGUUCACGUAGAACAAGAACUGCCGAAGAAGACGGAGCGCGUGGUGCGCUGCAUUCUCACGUUGCGCCAGCAGAAGCUGUACCACGACUUGAUCUACGCGUUCGACAAGUCUGCGCAGAGCGCGGCGAACCAGCCGUCGACGUUUUCACGACUCAGCUUUCUGUACAGUUUGAAGAAGGUGUGCGAUCAUCCGUACAUGGUGAAGCCGGACUACCGCGAAGCCGCGAUUCUGCGCGCGGCGAAGGCGGACGGGCGCAAGGUUUUGAUCUUUACGCAGAUCACGGCAAUGCUCGACCACCUCGAGCGCUUUCUGGCGGCGUUCGGGCACCGCUACGUGCGUUUCGACAGCAAGCUGAAAAUCUCGCAGCGGCAGGUGGUGAUCGACCGCUUCAAUUCGGACCCGCACAUUGGCGUGUUCAUCACGUCGACGCGCGUGGGCGGCGUGGGCAUCAACUUGACGGGCGCGAGCGUAAUCGUCUUCUACGACACGGACUGGAACCCGGCAGUCGACCGCCAGGCGAUGGAUCGCUGCCACCGCAUCGGCCAGUCGCGCGACGUGCAGAUCUUCCGGCUGAUCAGCGAGUUCACGCUCGAGGAAAACAUUUGGCGCAGCACUGUGGUACUUUUCGCCGGGCUGCAAGGCUCUGGCAAAACGACGUCCGUCGCGAAAAUUGCGCUCUACUGCAAGAAGCUCGGCUUCUCGGUCGGCGUGAUCUGCUGCGACACGUUCCGCGCAGGCGCCUUCGAACAGUUGCGCGCGAACUGCAAGGCCGCGCGUGUUGAGUUCUUCGGCUCGCAGACGCUGCUGGACCCCGUCGACGUGGUGCAGAAAGGACUGCACGCGUUCCGCACUGCGAACAAGGAAGUAAUUCUGAUCGACACGAGCGGGCGGCACAAACAGAGCGAGAGCCUGUUCCGCGAACUGAAGCGCAUCGAGUAUGCGGCCGCGCCGAACUACAUCACGCUGGUGGUCGACGGCUUCGCGGGACAGAGCUGCUUUGAGCAGGCGAAGGCUUUCGCGGACGCGUUCCAGUUGUCGAACAUUGUAGUGACCAAGCUCGACGACGGACUGCGGAGCGGUGCGGCGCUCUCGGCGGUCGCGGCAGCGCGGCGACCGGUCUGGUUCGUCGGCACCGGCGAGCAGCUCAGUGACCUGCAGCUGUUCGAGCCUGCGCUUUUAUCAGCUCUUUGUCAACGCUACCUUUGA